AGACCAGUAGAUGCGAUUCCAGCAGUUGAAGAUGCAGUACCAGCAAAUAUUCCAGUAACAACUGCUCCUAUUCCAACUACGACUACUUUGUCACCGGAGGAAACCAGAGCUGCAGAAGAAAAAGAGAAAAAGCAAAAAGCCAGAGAAUUGAAAGACUGUAUUUAAAUUAUAAAUAAUACCGGAAGUCUGUUUUCGAAUGGUUGAAAGAUAACAAAGACAAAUGGUCCGAAGUGAUGAAUAUGUAUACACAGUGGAUGUUCUGGUUUCGCAUCUAACGUUCUUAAUUGGCUUGAAGAUAUGAUACUAGGAGAUCCAAGACGUGCCAAGAAGGGAGGAAAACUAUCAGGAGAUGAUGCUCUUCAAUCAGUUUUUCUCGUUGCAAGCCCCGCCUAUGUUUUCUUGAGAUUCAAGCAGAAGCCUGGAAGAAACUCUAUGAAGGCUGGAUUAGACAUUGAUGCAUGGAACGAAAUUGCUGCUGAACAAGUUCUUUAAGCAUGGCAGAGAGAGUUCAUCAAGUCACUUCACAAUCAUAAGGCAAACGUUGAUGAGAAACAAAAGAAGAACAUUGCAUCCACUUGCAUCAACAUCCAUUGCUGAUAUGCUCGAGGAAUUCUGUCAAUUCAACUAUUCCAUCAUCAUUGCUGGGUCUUGGUCUUGCCACUUGGUUUGGAAUCGAAUUCAACGCUGCAACAACACAAAUUGUGUCAGGAAAGUUCUAGCCGAAGAACAUUUUCUCGAUGUUGGAUAACAAUGAGAGGAUUGCCACCACCUAUACGAGGACCACAUGAGAGAAGGACCGCCAAUGUUCGCGGAGUUCUUCCUCAUCCCCAGUAUCCAAUUUUUGUUUUUCUAUUUUCUGAGAGUCCCAUUAUUUUGAAAUCGAUGCAAUUGUAAGAUAAAUUUCAAUAUGAUAA